GAGAACCAGAAGCAUUUGCACCUUAUAUUAAACGCAUCCAUCAUGAUUAAUAAAUAACUCUAGAUAACUGUGAAACACGAGUAGAGUGGAGAAAAAUUUAUAAAAAGAGCGUUUAAAAAAUAGAAAUUGCUGUAUUUCCUCAAUUCUAGGAUUUGCUCUUGGAUUAAAGCAAAAAAAGCAUAGCGGAGCCUGGAGCCCUUGAUUAAUUUCUCGGGAGCCCUGGAGCCCUGUUUAUUUUGGUCUGGAGCCCGGGAGCCCCGCUAUUUUAAGUCCGGAGCCCCGGAGCCCCAAACCCCUUUGGGACCCUGAUAUAAUAAAUAAUUAUAUUAUACUGGUGGCUAUAUUGACUACCUGUUUGUUCAGGCAGAAUAGAUUUAAUAUUUACUUUAAUUAUCACUCAGACUCAGACGAAUGCCUGAACAACUCUCACAAUUGUAGCAAAAAUGCCACCUGUACCAACAUCGAAGGGUCCUUCAACCGUAGUUGCAAACCAGGGUACAUUGGAAAUGGCCACAACUGUUCACUGGCAGGUUGGUUCUUGAAAUUCCUGUCUCGCUUUCGUUAGUUUUGAGACUUUUGAUUCAGUACAAAAAGGAAUAAUGUUCAGUGAUGUACUAUUAUAAAUUGAAGUAAAUUAUAAGAAAUUGUUACUCGCUCUUUUUAUAAUAAUUUCAUUUAUUUAUUCAGUUAUUAUUGACUUACUUAUUCAAAUCUAACAUCUUAGUCGUCACGACUAUUGUGGAAACGUCAGAGCUCAUCUCUAAAUAUUUGCAUCAUCAUGUAAAAUACAUCCUCGGAUAACUCUUAAGGAGUAACUAUUAACCCCCCAUUCUGUACUACGAUAGGAGUAUAAGAUAAGAUGAUUGACCGAGAUAAACACCAUCCAUUAAUGAUCGACUAAUUAUUUAACCCUUUAAACCCUAAGAUCUAAAUUAAAAUUCUCCUUUGUCGCCCCUAUUGAUUUACUAUAGAAGUAGUGGGGAGAAGUUGACAAAAUAUCAAGCAAAUACAUCUUGUGUGAUCAUGUCCUUAAUUCUCAUUACAACUUUUGUUUUACAAAGCAUCGCUAUUUCAAGGAGAAAUUUGAUGCUGAUCACUCUUAGGGUCUAAAGGGUUAAAUGGAAAAAAAAAGAGAUCCGGAACAGCCUUUUUCAAGUCUUAGAAGGUGGCUUAGUAGGUGGAAAAAUUCUGAAGUCAUUCUCAGUCACACAACAAACCAGUUACACGUCUUCAAACAGCUCUUGUACAAUUUUACUUUGGAUAGAAAUAUUAUGGUUCAAAAAACGACCAAUAUUCGAUUCCUGCCAAGUCAGGUUGUGGAUUGAUAAAUGCAGAACUCUUCUUAGCGGAGACACCGCAUCAGUUCAUAUCAACUAUAACCACAGUUCACGGCAUUACUAACACGGGAGAAAAUUGUAUGUGUACAAUUUGUAAGACCAACGCUGAAUCACGGGAUCAUUCGAAAUGAAGAUGCAUACAUGUACAACUGUAGCUCUGUUCCAAAACAAAAACGAACAAUUAUACAAAACUGGUAGUGCUCGAGGUGAUGCAUGGUUGGGACGCAUAUCAGCGAAUAAUAUACUUACUUUGGAAAACGCCAGUGGUCUCUUAAAGACCCUAUUACCGCGAUGUCCAAUAGUCUUUGACCUAACCUAAAAAAUAUUGGUAUUAAUCUAUAGUACCCAUCCGUCCGCCAAACCCUAGCUUUAUUACAUCUUUCCGUCCACGAUUAUCCCAUAAAAAAUGUAUUCAGUUUUACCUCGCGUUUGAGCAAUGAGAACAAGAGAAAAGAAGAGAUGUACCUUAGCAGAACCGUGCUGUUACUCACUUUCACGUUCUCGCUUAUUUCGGAAUUGUCGCGUGACUUUGCUGCUAUGCCUGUUUGCUAUGGAGUUAAUAGUCUUUUUUGUUUGUUUUGACUGGUUUUGUUUUUAAUGUUAUCUUCUGCUUGCAUUUUAUUCAUUGUCAUUCUAAUAUGCAUGCAUGCACGUUUUUUUUUAAAAGAAAGAUUAGUCAUUCAUCCAGCCAUUCAUUCAUUCGUCGUCCAACCACUACACCACCUAUCUACCUUUCUUUCUAAUCUGCCUGCAGGACGUGAGUAAAAUGAGGCUGUGGCAACGUAUGCAGAUAUAAGGAUAGAUUCCCUGACCGUGACAUUUUCUCAUCCAAAAUAACCUUUUUGUAUCAUCCAUGUGUUUCAAUUUUCAGAAUUUUCAAUAAACUCAACAAUAUUACGUGGAAAUCAGUAUUAUCUCCGUCAACUUCACCGUUUUCUUGCUAGCGCUCCUGAGGUUGGGGAGGAUUCUUCCUGGCGCCUUUGCUACCGUGCUACCUCAGAUGGUUGGACACCUGGCACCUUCCACAAUGGCUGUGACAAUAAAAGAAAUACUGUGACCAUCGUACAGAAAGGCCAAUAUGUCUUUGGAGGAUACACUGACAUUCCUUGGAGUAAGAUUUGAUAUUGAUUUUUAAGUACCUUUAAAGGGCUUUAGUGCCACGGGUGUUUCACUGACACCUUAAAAUACUCCUACAGUUGUUCCUCAUAACUGCAAUAUGAUUCCAACAAUCGUACUAGCAUUGUAGUUUACAAUAGGGUAAUGCUUUAAUAGAAAGCGAGAAAUACUGAUUAAAUAUCAUUUCCAAAAUGGUGAAUUAUUUGUCAGAAAUACACGCCUCGAUAUGCCGUUUACAAUAUACUUAAAGGGACUGGUUCACGAGUUAAGCUUCUCCGUCUCCAAAGACUCUUGAGAACGUUCUGUUGCCAGACGGUCACGAUGCUCUUCUGAACCUCCACGAUCAAAACAUCAUUUUUUUGCGUCUUCUUAAAACUUAACCAGUCAAACAACACAACCACACCUUAAUCACCACUACCGAAGUUUAACUAGGCCCGCCAAAGCGACGGAUGUCGGAAUAAAACGAAGGAUUUUCAAUGAUUGUACCAGUAAUGGCGAUUUCGAAUUUAGUGUUGACCCGACAAAUUUAUUCUGAAGAGGCAAACGGCGCGCAUGCGCAUAACCGUGAUCGCGUCCCUUUAAGCUCUCUACGUUUUACCCAUUCAAAUGAGUUAAGGUGGCUCGAUACAGUUUUUCAGGGUCAAUACUUUCUUAGUUUGAGCAUAAACUACUUCGAAAAAUUGCUACUAUAGUUCUAUUAGAUAAAGAUGAAAAUUUGUUGCGAUCAGGGAUGCAAUGACAUUGGAAUUGUCAUAGUAACGAAAUGAAGCCUUUACCUAUUCUACUUGCAGAAGUAUUUCUCGGCACUGGGAAGAGUUCUUCCAAAAUCGUUCACGGAAGUUCUUUCCUCCAAUAGCUACCUCGAUGUUCGUGAAGUUUAAGCGAAGUCUGUAAGAGCGUUAUGUAGAUAUUUUGGGAUAAAGUUUUUAUGGUUACAAAUACGGUAAUAAAUGGACAAUCUUGACUUUCACGAUCUUGUAGCAGAAGAUAGAGGGCUUAUCAGCGAUGGUGCUGCAGAGAGCGGUGUUCAACACUAUGUCAAAUUAUUAGAUUAAAAGCAUCUGUCGAACACUGGCUUGCUGAACCAAUCUUGGACCCUGACAAAGAGCAUGGAGAAAUCUUUAGAUACAUGCAACUUGCAAAUACUGCUUAUAGCGCUCAACAUAAAAAAGACAUACUACGAACACUAAUGAACUAUAUGGCGAGUUACUAUGAAACUAAAUAAAAGAAUCAGAGGCUUGUCAUCCAGAGAAAGUAGCAUUCAAAGUUGUGCUUUAGCAGCCAGCAAAGAAAGCCGUUAACCGUGGAAGAACUGAAGACACUAUACCUUUUAUUGACAACCUGAUGAAGGACGUUGAUCCGGAAUCAGUUUCAGAAAUCAAAAGUGCAAUAACGGACAAGGCAGCGCAAGGGGCGGCACCAACAUUUUACACGAAUAUAUCUUUGAAUUCUUGAUAAAUACAGCUCCACUAGCUUCUGACAGUGUCUACCAACAGAAUUUUAAGGCGAAAAACUUGAGAUAUUAUAAUUAUGAAAAAAAAAAUAAUAAUAAGUAAAAUAUGAUUCUAGAAGGAAAUCAUCUCCAACAUCAUAUUUACCGAUGAUUAUAUCCUCUUCUUUUAAACUCUCAACAAUAAUAUUGUUGUCUCUCAGCCAGGACAAGACACGUUUAGGAUAUUUUGCAGAGGAUAUAUUUUGCAGUAAAAAAGUAGAUGUUCGACGGAUUCGACCUCAGUUUGGCGGAAAGCACAUUUAUCUGAUUCAGCCAUAUCAAAACGAAAAAGUUUCUCAUUCGUAAAUACGAUACGGUUUAAUAUUUUGAACUGUAAUCCCCUACGUUUUGUUUCUAAUGUUGUGCGGAAAGAUAGUAAAUAAACUCUUUUCCAGUCAAUAGUUAAACGAUGAUACUUUGCAGAUAGCUUCUCUCGAUCUUUAGCGGUAAGUGUGGUUUGUUUUUUCGCCAGAAAAGACCGAUAGAUGUGCUUUGAAGAAGCGUCAAGGAUUGGAAAUAAGAUAUCACUUUUUCGGCAGAGGAGAAAUCACUGGUGCAAUAUUAGCUGUUCGAAUUAACAAACGCCAUACUGCUAGUAUGGAAUAAAUUACACUCAUAAUGAAAAAACUUUGUUCAGGUUUAAGUUAUGCAUUAUCAACUGAAAAUAAGUCCCCGAUUUUACAAAAGCCUUGAUCCGCAAUAUCUCUUCGGUAAACAGUUUUUUUUAUACAGAGAAAAUUGUUGUUCCAGAUGACUUGAUUUACAAUUUCGUGUACUGAACUAGGUUCCCUUGCGUUUAAUUCUGACCAUGCAACAAGACAUUGCCUAUAGAAAGCUGGCAGAGAGAUAUUUAGUUUAGAAAGCUCAAAAUUUCAAUGCAGUAAAAACUUGUCACCAAUAGGUUUCAGAAGCUCUCCUAAAAAUUUUUUUCCCCGUUUUGUUUUUUAUAACCAUUUUUUUUUUGUUUAAUCUAUUGCCUGGUUGGUUUCAAUUUGUUUGUACUGCUGCCCAUUUACGCCUUCGAGAGAUAUUGCGAUCAACGUAUUUCUAGUAUCAAAAAUAAUCAAUUAACAAAUAAAAAUCGUACAGAUAGGCUAUUUUACUGUCUGCUGAAAGGAAAAUAAACAUUGCAACAAAAAUGUUAGUUAAAGAAAUAGAAAAACAUGAAGCAUAUUCAAUUAUUUUAAAUUCUUAUGUUAUGCUUUUUAUGUUUUGUUUUGUUAGAAUCCCGUGGUGACUAUGCCGAAACCCCCAGUGCGUUUAUCUUUUCUCUCAACAAUUAUGAAGGGCUGGCACCGUUUUUGAGUAAGGUGAAGCCAGAAGGGACAAGAAAUGCAAUUGACGAUCGUUCAUAUUAUGGUCCAAAGUUUGGUUCGGACCUCAUCAUUUAUCUUGAUCUCACAUCACACGCAUCCUUGGGCACGUACUACUAUGCUCCAGCUUCAGUGAACAAGGCCAAUAUCCUGAAGGGGCCUGGAGGGGAUUUCUCACCUGAUGAGGUGGAGGUAUUUUAUCUGGACCCUUCCCGCUAA